CGUCUCGACCGCUCGAAACUCGCCUUGCUCCGCCACACUACUCGCACACACCCUCGACAACCCCGACCAGCCACACCACACCAGCACACCAUGGGCUCCGCAGCCUCUACCCCUGUCGCCCCGUCGCACGCCUCGGAGAAGCAGGCCACCGCCUCGCCGCGUCGCACCGCCUCGUCGCCCACCUCGGCCGCCGACCUGCUCGCCCAGCUGUCGCUGCGCACCUCGAGCGGCGGCGCGUCCCGCCCAGCGGCCGGCGUCACGUCCGACAACAUUGCCGCCUGGGGCGACGCUUUCGCUUCGAGCCCCAAGCACCGCCUCGCGUCGACCGUCCUGUCCAAGGCCAACCUCACCGAGACGCUCGUGCGCCGCGACGCCCAGAUCGAGGCCAAGCAGGUCUACAACGUGGCCCUGUCGACCGAGGGCUCGCCGGUCACCAACCAGAAGUCGUCGGGACGUUGCUGGCUCUUUGCGUCGACCAACUACCUGCGCAUUAUCCUCGCCCGCAAGCUCGACCUCGACGAGUUCCAGUUCUCGCAGUCGUACCUGUUCUUCUACGACUCGCUCAGCAAGGCCAAUUACUUCCUCGAGUCGAUGCUCGACCUCGCCGAGACGCCCGUCGACGACCGCACGAUCCAGUACCUCAUGACCGAGCCCGAGAACGACGGCGGCCAGUGGGACAUGAUCGUCAACCUGUUCGAGACGUUCGGCCUCGUGCCGCAGCCGGUCUACCCCGAGUCGUUCAACUCGUCCAACACGAGCAAGCUCGACACGCUCCUGACGACCAAGCUGCGCGAGUACGCCCUCGAGCUGCGGUCGAUCCACUCGGCGGCCAUGGCGACCCUCGCCGAGCUCGCCGACACCAAGUCGCACGCCGAGCGGGCCGCGCUCGCGACCCAGUCGGCGCGCAAGCGCAAGGACGAGCAGAUGCAGGAGGUGUACCGCAUCCUCGCCAUCGCGCUCGGCCAGCCGCCCAAGCCGACCGACUCGAUCACGUGGGAGUACUACUCGAAGAAGGACAAGAAGUACCACCGCGUCGACUGUACGCCCCAGGAGUUCUACCGCGACCACGUCGCCGUGCGCCUCGCCGACGCCUUCUCGCUCGUCAACGACCCGCGGCACGAGUACGAGACGGCCCUCAACGUCAGCCGCCUCGGCAACGUCGUCGGCGGUCGCCCCGUCCGGUACGUCAACGUCGACGUGGACGUCCUCAAGCAGACGGCCGUCAAGCUCCUCAAGGCCGACGUCCCGGUCUGGUUCGGUUGCGACGUCGGCAAGUGCAGCUCGUCGACGCUCGGCAUCAUGGACACGCGCCUGUACGACCUCGACGAGGGUUUCGGCGUCUCGCUCGGCCUGACCAAGGCGCAGCGCCUCAAGACGGGCGACUCGUGCAUGACGCACGCCAUGCUCCUCACAGGCGUCCACCUCGACGAGGCGGGCAAGCCGGUGCGCUGGCGCGUCGAGAACUCGUGGGGCGUCGAGGCGUGCGACAAGGGCUACAUGAUGAUGAGCGACGAGUGGUUCAGCGAGUUCGUGUACCAGGUCGUCGCCGACCGCAAGUUCAUCUCGAAGAAGCUCGUCGACGUCUUUGACAAGGCCGACGCGACUACCGCCCUGGGACCCGAUGGGCACCCUCGCUUAAGUGCGCAGCAGCAAGCCGCCCUCGCGCAGCAAGAUGCUGCGCCUCGUCCCGCCUCCUCGUCCUCGCCCUGUUCCGCCCCUCGUUGUCGUCCUUUCUCGUGAUCAGCCCAAGUGUCAAUAUAAGUCCGUGUCACCUCG